UCGUGCAUGGUGCGAUUGCUUCAAGUCGACUUCGAUUGGCUUUUCGUGUAUGUAUUGCUUUAAAAACCAAGGCUUGUUCCGCGUAAAUUCAUGCUGAAUUGUGGAAAAAUUGCUCAUUCUCCUGAAACAACACCAUUAACCGUGCUUUAAUAUGGAAACACGUUCAUCGGCGAAUGCUCCCGGGAUGAAUGUGAUAGCGGGCAGUGGACCUAAUAUUUGUCGCAUUUGCCUUGUCAAUGGCGGCUCCAUCGGUGAAGAUAACCUUUCCAGGGGAAUGGAGUCGAUUUUCAGCACCAUCGGUGAGUACGAAGAGAGAAGUUUGUAUGGCAUCCUGGUGACGAUAUGUGUCCCGCUUCGGCACCGAGAAAUGCUAAGAGGAAUGCCGGAACGGAUUUGCCGUGGCUGCAAGUGGCGUUUACUUUCCGCUUUCGAGUUGUAUGAGACGUGCUUGCGGAGCGACGAUAAAAUGCGCGGGGUUGCCGCAGAGAUGUUGAAAAAACAACAACAGCCGCAUCAACAGCAGGAAUCUAAUACAGAGAAUGACCAAGUCAAUAUUAAACAAGAAGUUCCGGAUCAUGAUGAUGCGGAGGUCAACCCCGAAGUUUCUCUUGGUUUGGAAUCGUUCAUGCAGGACAGUCACUAUUAUCCGGAUGCAGAAAGUACUCAGAUGAUGAUGGAUCAGUCGACAGAUCUGCUGGAGGAAAUGGUGCCUGCCGUGGAUCCCAAUGAAUCUUUGUUCGAAGAGCACUAUAAAUUAAAUGAAAAAGGUAAUCAUAGUUGCGGAAUCUGUAAUCAGGAGUUUCCAUAUAGGAGUUCCGCUCGGAGCCAUAUUUUACAUAAACAUGAUCCGACAAAACCCUUCAAAUGCGACGUGUGCCAUUUUACGCUAACGACGGAGCUCCGGUUAAUUAGACACAAGGCUAUAACGCACGGCGUAGGAGUGCUUAAUAUUGAAGAAGCGCCUCCAGAUGAAUCCUCCGGAGAUACCAUCUAUACCUGCAAGAUUUGUUCUAAAACGUUCAAUUCGGUAGUUCGCUUCAAACGCCAUAAGAAUGUGCAUGUUGUGUACAAUAGACCUUUUAAGUGUGACACUUGUUUGUACCGAUUUGCAACUCGAGCUCAACUUAAUCAGCACAAGAAAGUGCAUCUGGAAAAACCAGAAGGCGAAGCUGAUGAGUCGGAAGCUGGUCAAGAAGAAUGGAAGUGCGAACAUUGCGAGGAAAAGUUGCCUGGAAAGCGCGCUCAUACAAUGCAUGUCCGACGCUUCCACCCUGAAACUCUGGUUAACGAAAAUAAGGAGAGAAAUGAUUACAAAUGUAUUAUUUGCUCGGAGGCAUUUGCCAGGGAGAGCGUCCUCAAUACCCACAUGAAAAUGCACGAACUUUUGGCAAUGGAAAAGGAGAAGGAACAGCGCAAAGAACUGGAGAUGCUGAUUAAGCAAGAAAUGAAAUCGAGAAAAGACUCGUCCGUGGAAAACACCGCUACAGAAGGUGGCGAAAGCAACGAAAGUAACGUUGCAAAUGCUGGCGUAGAAGGCAGUUCAAGUAAUGUUAACAAUAAUAACAACAUUAACAGCGGCACGGCGAAGAAAAAGAGCGAUGUAGAUGUUGCGUUCGUGUGUAUGGUCUGCGAGCAGGAAUUUGAGGAGCGCGAUUUACUGCUGAAGCAUCAGAAAAAACUGCACAACGAGUUGCAGCUGAAUAUCGUGCCCGGCGUUGUUGACAAUUUAGAUGAAUCAGCGGAUGCAGCGGGAUUCGAAAAAGACGACGAAUUGAUGGCCGAAGGUUCAAAAAUAACCCCGGACGAGGAACCAAUGGUUGUCGAUAUCGAUCCAAACGAACUGCUAGCCCAAACUCAGACGGAGAACGGUACGUCUAAAAAUCCUGCCGUGCCACCGGCGAUGCCCAAGUGUCACUUGUGCCAGAAGACCUUCAUGUACAACUGCCUGCUGCAAACCCAUCUGAAGAAAAGUCACAGUGAGCUAAAACCGUUCGAGUGCAAAGUGUGUCGUAUGCGCUUCGGCUACCGCGGUACGCUGCAGAAGCACGAACUAACACAUUCCGCGCAGAACGUCCGCCCUGGAGGGCAUGGUUCUAUUAUGUACAAAUGUAAGAUUUGCUCUGCCAAAUUCUUGGAGUUGAAAUCGCUCUCGUUCCAUCUGAGAAGUCAUCGCAGUUUAACGAUUAGCACGGAACCUACCGUAACGAAGAAAAUUGAAAUAUUCCAGUGCUCUUUCUGUCCGCAAAUUUUCAGUGAAAAAGAGAAAUAUGAUGAGCAUUUGGUAAAAACCCAUCGCCAGAUGCUAUCACAGCAGCAACAACAAAUAAAACCCGCGCUACCCGUGGCAACGCAGCAUCAACACGCAAGGAAAAAUCCAGAACCCCGAAAACUGCUUGAACGGCAACCGAAGGAUGAGAAGGAAAUGUUUCUAGAUAGUUUAGCGAUCAUUAAGGUUGAACGUACGUAGAAAACUAAACAGAUAAUGCUUGAUUUUCCAGAGCAAAGUUGACAACGAACGGUUAUGUUUUUCGGAUUUAAUUUUACCUCCUAAAUCAUCCCACUAUGGAUAGGUUUUGGUGACAUUUUUAUAUGAAAAUUUAACUAAUUUUCAUGCUACUUUGAAAAUGAAACAGUAGCGUUGCACUAAACUUAACACUGGCAUAUUGACUAAAUUGCGUAUAGUUUUUGAUGAUUUCGCAGAACGCAUUUAGUUUUGGUGAUUAUGAUGAGAAAUUUGCGUUAAAUUUUGUAGCAAACCGUUGAACCACUCAAAACAAACAAAACCAAUUAUUUGACUUCUAUCGAGUCAAAAAUUCCUAUAAUGCAAAAGGGUGGCUUAAUAUCAGGUUUUUCUUUUUUCAAAUAACCAGAAGUUGCUCCGAUAGGCAUUUAGAAUAUAAGAAUCUGUGGAACACAUUCAAAUUAUAAGAUAAACCAGAUUUGGAUUGAAAAAUUAGUGGUAAUAGUGUUAGUCAAGCAUACAUUAUAUGUAUAUUAUGAAUCGACCUCACGAAAUGUGCUAGUUGUAGUAAGCGACUUUAUAAAUGUAAAGCAAAAAUAUAUCACCUGAAAUUUAAUAAGUCGAUAAUGGAAUGACUUCCGUAAUGGAGCCCAUCAACAUGUACGAAAUCUUUUGUCUUGACAUUCGAACCUGUGAACACUACUCAGAGUUCUCGGGUGUUUCUGUGAGGUGACUACAAUAUCCAGAAGAAGCCAGAAUUCGAGACUCCUGUAACUAGUAUUUGCUUUAUGUUCGGUUGCAAUAGUCAUGGCCUUCUAAGUCAGCAGCGAUGUACUGAUUAGGUAGUUUUUGUACUGAUAAAGAUGAAAUUUUUAUUUAGUUUCACGCAUUUAUAUUUUCCGUUUUCGCUUAAACUCUGGUCAGUUGUUCGGUUUUAAUACAGAUGUCAUCAUUAUCAUAAAAGAAAAUGGCACUAAUAAAUAAAAUAAUAUGUAUUAAAAGAA